AAAAUACAAAAGAGAAUCGGCAUCGUUAAAAGGGAGCGGGUCCUGCGAACGGAAAAAGAAAAAGGGGAAAAGUUGCAUCGUCUAAUUCUCAUCUAUAAACAUAGAGAUAAUAUUGUUCCCUCUCUACGUGUCGUUAUAACUCAACAUUUCUCACUUCCGUUUCGCUUCCCUUAUUUGUACAAAUACAAAACCGCAGAAUCAAGCAAACCCAUCCCCCCCCCGCACUCAUCGCCCACUGCUUCCUCUCUAUAUUAAUCUCCCUUCUCCCCCAUUUCCCCCUAUCUCCCUUCAAUUCCCUCCACUUUUCUUCUCAUCAACCCAUGGCUCGCUUCAAUGUCACCAAGAAGCUCACAUCCCCCAUCGAUGGCCAGAAACCCGGUACUUCCGGCCUCCGCAAGAAGGUAAAAGUAUUCAUUCAACCGAACUACUUGGAGAAUUUUGUUCAAUCAACAUUUAAUGCAUUGACUACUGAAAAAGUCAGAGGGGCUACACUUGUUGUAUCCGGAGAUGGACGCUAUUAUUCAAAGGAUGCUAUUCAGAUAAUAAUUAAGAUGGCUGCGGCAAAUGGGGUACGCCGUAUUUGGGUUGGUCAAAAUGGUUUGCUUUCAACCCCUGCUGUGUCUGCUGUCAUACGUGAAAGAGUUGGUGUUGAUGGAUCCCGAGCAUCAGGAGCAUUUAUUUUGACUGCAAGUCACAAUCCAGGAGGUCCUCAUGAGGAUUUUGGGAUUAAAUACAACAUGGAAAAUGGCGGCCCUGCACCAGAGGGAAUUACUGAUAAGAUCUAUGAAAACACAAAAACCAUAAAGGAGUACCUAAUUGCUGAAGAUCUACCUAACGUGGAUAUUUCCGCAAUAGGUGUUUCUAGCUUUGGUGGACCUGAAGGACAAUUUGAUGUUGAGGUUUUUGAUUCAGCUAGUGACUACGUGAAGUUGAUGAAGUCAAUAUUUGAUUUUGAAUCUAUCCGCAAGCUUCUAACCUCUCCCAAAUUUUCGUUCUGUUAUGAUGCUCUACAUGGUGUUGCUGGAGCAUAUGCAAAACGUAUUUUCGUGGAAGAGCUUGGUGCACAAGAAAGCUCAUUACUGAACUGCGUACCUAAGGAGGACUUUGGAGGAGGUCAUCCUGACCCCAAUUUGACUUAUGCCAAGGAAUUAGUUGAUCGUAUGGGAUUGGGUAAAUCAAGCUCUGGAGAACCUCCAGAAUUUGGUGCUGCUGCUGAUGGUGAUGCUGAUCGUAAUAUGGUCCUUGGUAAAAGGUUUUUUGUCACUCCUUCGGACUCUGUUGCCAUUAUUGCUGCUAAUGCUGUUGAAGCUAUUCCAUACUUCUCUGCUGGUUUGAAGGGUGUUGCCAGGAGCAUGCCAACCUCUGCUGCACUAGACGUGGUUGCCAAAAACUUGAAGUUGAAAUUUUUUGAGGUUCCUACUGGUUGGAAAUUUUUUGGUAAUUUAAUGGAUGCAGGAAUGUGCUCAGUCUGCGGGGAAGAAAGUUUUGGAACUGGAUCUGACCAUAUUCGUGAAAAAGAUGGAAUUUGGGCAGUUUUGGCUUGGUUAUCCAUUCUUGCUUAUAAAAACAAGGGAAACCUUGAUGGUGGGAAGCUCGUUUCAGUCGAAGACAUAGUUCGCCAACAUUGGGCCACCUAUGGUCGUCAUUAUUAUACUAGAUAUGAUUACGAGAAUGUUGACGCUGGAGCAGCAAAGGAACUGAUGGCAAAUCUGGUGAAACUGCAAUCUUCACUUGACGAAGUGAAUGGAAUUGUCAAGGGAAUCCGUUCAGAUGUGGCAAAGGUUGUCCAUGGUGAUGAAUUUGAGUAUAAAGAUCCGGUUGAUGGUUCCAUCUCCAAGCACCAGGGUAUUCGAUAUUUGUUUGAGGAUGGUUCACGACUGGUCUUCCGCCUAUCUGGAACUGGCUCUGAAGGUGCAACAAUUCGGCUCUACAUCGAGCAAUAUGAGAAAGAUCCAUCAAAAACCGGGAGAGAUUCUCAGGAAGCCCUUGCUCCCCUGGUGGAAGUUGCUCUUAAGCUCUCAAAAAUGCAAGAGUUCACCGGGAGAUCCGCACCCACCGUCAUUACAUAAAUGGAGUUUAUACACAACCUUGAUUUUUGAAGAAAUAAUUGUUGCUUAGCUUGCGGUGGCGCAAGAUAUAAUCUUAAAACAUCACUGUAAGUGCUUCCAGAGUGUUUGUUUGUUUGGCGGGAAAACUUUAGCCUACAUAAAUUUUGGUGUUUGUGUUAAUAAUCUUGAUGCUUCUUUGUGAAGCUCGACUAAGUUACAGAAUAUAAAUAUAUAUAUAUAUACACUUCAUAUCAA